GGAUGUAUCCUCUGUUUGGGAAAGAGCUGAGUGUUCAGGUGUUCACGGUUCAUUCACCAUUUCUGCUUCUCUGACUUUCCUCUGAAGAUUCCCAACAACCUGCUGAAGCUUUCAGGAGAUUUACUUUUUCUCACCUGGUAAUUUUGAUGCAUUUAUUUUAGUUCGAAUCUUUAUUCUAGAAGUUUUCCAUCUAAUCUGACCAAAACAGAGACCCAAAUCAACUGUUAAUCAGCAAUGAAACUGAUUCUGCACUGUUUUCUUCUGGCUGCUGGACUGGUCUGUGGGCACCGGAGUCCGCUGAAUGACUUCCAGCGCUCUGAGGGCAGAGAGCUGGUCCCGAGCCCCUGGAAUGUAGCUCGAGUCCAGAUGCUGCCGGGUCUGAGCCUGGAGGACUGUGCCACCCGCUGCUCACAGUCACUGGACUGCAGAGCGUUUAACUAUGAGACCCGUCCGACUGCCACCUGUAAACACCUGCCCUGGGUGGCAGACGGAAACAAUGCAGAGGUGAAGAGAAACGUCAACUGUGACCUUUACGAGAAGAAAGUCUAUGUGAGAAAGUGCAUUGUGGGUAGAGGGGAAGACUACAGAGGGAAAGUCUUCACCACAAAAAGUGGACUCACCUGCCAACAGUGGUGGUCUAAGUUUCCUCAUGAUCACAGGUGGACCCCCACAGGCACCAACGGUCUGGAGCUGAACUACUGCAGGAACCCAGAUGGGGAUCGGAUCGGUCCGUGGUGCUACACGACCGACCCGGAACGACGCUAUGAGAGCUGCAACACCCCCCAGUGUAAAGAUGAGGUGUGUAUCACAUGUAAUGGAGAGGACUACAGAGGGCAGGUAGAUCACACAGUUACCGGCAAAGAGUGUCAGCGAUGGGACCAGCAGUACCCUCACCAGCACAUCUACCAACCAGAGAAGUAUCCUGAUAAGAGUUUAGAUGAUAACUACUGCCGUAACCCUGACGCCUCUCCGGUGCCGUGGUGUUACACAACAGAUCCUGAAGCAGAGAGGGAGAACUGUGACAUCAGCAAAUGCACUGAAGUUCAGGUGGAGAAGAGGCAACGAUCCAGCUUCACCACCAACUGUUUCCGUGGUCGCGGGGAGGAUUACCGUGGGAAAGUUAACGAGACGACAUCAGGAAUCCCCUGUCAGCGCUGGGACGCCCAGGCUCCUCAUCAGCACCCCUUCUACCCAAACACAUACGAGUGCAAAGGUUUAGAGGAGAACUACUGCAGGAACCCAGAUGGUUCAGAGGCUCCGUGGUGCUUCACCUCCGUGCCAGAGAUGAGAACGGCUCUCUGCCUGCAGAUCAAACGCUGUGCAGACGACAUAGAAGCAGAAGACUGCUACCAGGAAAAUGGAAAAAACUAUAGAGGAGUUGUCCGUAAAACUCGUAAAGGGGUCACCUGCCAGAACUGGAACAUUAACACGCCUCACCAAACCAAGAUAAACCCACAAACUCACCCAGAGGCCAAUCUAACAGAGAAUUACUGUCGAAACCCAGAUGGGGACCAGCACGGACCCUGGUGCUACACCUCCGACCCUAAAACUGAGUUUGACUACUGCGCCAUAAAACAGUGUGCUGGAGAGAAAGUAUCCCUGACAGAACCAGUAGAGAACGUGGAGUUCAGCGAGUGUGGAAAGAGAGACGCUCGCUUCCUGCCUACGAGGAUGCGCAUUGUGAGUGGGGUUCCUGGGAACUCGCCGUGGACCGUGAGCCUCAGAGACAGGAAAGGAAACCACUUCUGCGGAGGAUCACUGGUGAAUCCCAGAUGGGUGAUCAGCACCAAGCAGUGUUUCUCCUCCUGCUACGUGGACCUGCCCGGGUACUCUGCCAGGAUGGGAACUCUUUACCGUGACCCACAAGAAGGAGAGCCGGAUGUGCAAACCAUCCCUCUCACCAAGAUUGUGUGUGGACCAUCUGAGUCUCAGCUGGUCAUGCUACAGCUGGAAUCUCCUGCCCAGAUCAAUGAGCGCGUCUCUCAGAUCUGCCUCCCUCCUGAGCGCUACAUAGUCCCAGAGUCGACAGUCUGUGAAAUUGCAGGAUGGGGUGAAACGAAAGGGACAGGAGAUGAGACUGUCCUGAACGUGGCGCAGAUACCCGUUAUUAGUAACAAGGAGUGCAACAAAUACUUCAGGGGUCGGGUUCGUGAAAACGAGAUGUGCACAAACUCUUUCCAUGGUGGAGUAGGUGCCUGUGAGAGAGACUAUGGCGGCCCGCUGGCGUGUCAGAACGCUGACUGCUGGGUACUCGAGGGUGUGAUCAUCCCCAUGAGGCGCUGUGGACACCCGGGGCAGCCCAACAUCUUCAUCCGGGUCUCUGUGUACGUGGACUGGAUCAAGAAGGUCAUGGAAAUGGCUUAAAGAACUCAGAACUGAUCAAAGCCAUCAGAAACAAUACAACCUUUUUUUUAUCUCAGAUGUUGCAAGAAUUUAAUAUCAAAAUGUACAGUCGGAUGAUGAUGGUUGAUUAAUAAGACUGAAGAGACGUAUGUGUCACUUUUUUUUCUUUUGUUUUUUGCACAUAAUCGUUAGGGAAUUCUAUUUUUAUGUUUCAAGAUGUGUUCUGUUUAUUACUGUUGUAACUUACCCAUGAGCUUUUAUUGUAUAUCACCACUGCUGCUUUCGUUCUUGACUGAGUUGUGGUCAAAUAAACAUUUUUCAUCUGCCUCUAACUUAA